AUGGAUACAAAAGAUAUCAAUACUGAAAAGAAAGACGAAAAAAAAGAUAGUAAACAAAAUGAAUCUUUUAAUACAGAAAAUGAAAAUUUAAAAAAUGUUAAGGAGUCAAAAAAUAAUGAGAAUUUAAAAAAUGAUGAGGAGCUAAAAAAUGAUGAAAUUUUAAAAAAUGAAAAUUCAAAAGAUAUCAAUUUAAAAGAUGAAGAAACUAAAGAUGAUAAUUUAAAAAAUAAUGAGAAUAAAGAUAAUAAAGGAGAAAAUGUUAUGAAUAUGUUUUUAAGUUAUAUACAAAAAAAUAAGGAUGAUCCUCAAGUUCUUCAGCAAAUGUUAAAUAUGAUGAGUGAACAAAUGAAAAAUAAUUUGCCUUCAAAUGCAUUGAAUAUCAAUAGUGCUAAUGCAAAUGAGAAAAUAAAAAAUGAAGGAAGUCAUAUAUCAAAUAAUGAAAAUAUAAUUGGUGAAAAUAAAAAUAAUAAUCAAUGCCCCAAUGAUAAAGAAAAAGAUGAAAAUAAAAAAAUAAAUGAGGAUAAUAAAAAUCUUACAAUAAAUGGAAUUAAUACUAUAAAUGAUAAGAAUCCAGAACAAGAAAAUAAAAUAGUAAAUGAAUGUAAUAAAUUGGAUAAUUUAAAUAAAUUAGAUGAAAUAAAUAAGACAAAUGGGAUUCAUAAUUCAAAAUAUUCUGAAAAAGAAAUGUUAUCAAAGUUAAUAAAUAAUUAUGUUGAUAAAAAAAAUAUCCCAGAAACAAAUAUAGGGAAUAAUGAUAAGUUAAAUAAUUUGGGUUUCAAUAAUUCGAACUCAAAUAAAUUAGAUAAUAACAAUGUAAAUGAAUAUAUGAUUAAUCAAAAUAUCUAUCGAAAUACUCAAAGUUUCAAUGAGAAAAAUUCAUCAAAUGUUGAAAAUAAUGGAUUAAUGAAAAAAAAACAUAACGAAUUAGUAGAAGAUAAUGAUGAAUAUGUAAUUGAAAAUAAUGAAACAAAGGAAUCAUUUGAAGAAGAAGCUGUAAAUUUAAUUGAAAAAUUAAAAAUAUUAAAUAAUGAUAAAAAUAAAGUAGACACAUUGAAUAGAUCCUAUACUAAAACAAAUGACAUUAACAACCAAAGUGAUUUUAAGUUGUAUCAUUCAAAGAAUACAUGGGAAGAAUUAAAAAUAGAUAAUGAAUUAAUACAAAUACUAACAUAUUUAAAAUUUUUCAGUCCUUCUAAAAUUCAAGCAUAUGCAUUACCAAUUAUUUUAAAUAGCAAUAAAAAUUUAAUAGCACAAUCGCAAAAUGGAUCAGGAAAAACGUUAACAUUUGUUAUCGCCAUUUUAUCAAAAAUUAAUAGAAGUUUGUCAUCCUUGCAGUCUAUGUGUAUAUGCCCUACUAGAGAAUUAUCUCAACAGAAUUAUGAUGUAAUAGGUAGUUUUACAAAAUAUUUAAAUGUGAAAGUUUUUUUAGCUGUACCUUUAUGCGAAAAAUAUAGUAAAUCGGGAGGUUUUCAAAUAUAUGUAGGAACUCCAGGAAAAACAUUAGACUUUUUAAAAAGGAGAUAUAUUGAUACAAAUAAUAUAAAGUUAUUUGUUUUGGAUGAAGCUGAUGAUUUAAUUGAUAUUAAGAAUAAUAUGUCUACUCAAGUAGAAAGUAUAAAAAGAUUUUUACCAAGAAACUGCCAAAUUCUUUUAUUUUCUGCAACAUAUAAUAAGGAUGUUCGCUUAUUUGCUGAUCAGUUUGCCCCUCAAGCAACCAAAAUAAGUGUUAGACAAGAAGAUUUAACAUUGAAAUGUGUUAAGCAAUAUUAUUUGAUCACAGAAAAUGAUGAACAAAAAUAUUAUUAUUUGUCUGAACUGUAUUGUUCUAUGACUAUAUCUCAAUGUGUAAUUUUUGUUAAUUCUAAAAAGUCAGCUUAUAAUUUAUACAAAUUCAUGACUGAUAAUAAUCAUAACGUCACUUUAAUUUGUGCAGAUAGUGUAAUUAGUCGUUUUACAAAAAAUCAGGUGCAAAAAGCAAAUGUGUUAGUAAUGGAUCCACAAACAAGAGAUACAUUAAUGUCUGAUUUUAAAAAAGGAAUUUCAAAAGUUUUAAUAUGCACAGAUUUAUUAUCAAGAGGUAUAGAUGUCCCUUCUAUAAGUUUAGUUAUUAAUUUCGAUUUGCCAUAUAUUUAUCAAGGUAGAAUAGAAGAUAAUUCGAGCUCUUUUCAAAAUCAAAAAGUAAAUAUGGAAACUUACAUUCAUAGAAUUGGAAGAACAGGAAGAUUUGGAUCAAAGGGUAUGGCUAUAAAUUUUAUUAGUAAAAAUCAACUCCCACAUAUUAAUCAAAUUGAGCAGUUUUAUAAAUGUGUUAUAUCAGAUUUAGAAUUUGACUCAGAACUUAUGAAAACUUCGCUAACUAAACUAAAAAAUUGA